CCCAACCAAUCAGAUCUCACCACGACCAAUAAAGGGACAACAUGGCGGCAGGAAGAAGUUUUCGGCUCCCGAUUUGGGAGAUUUUGUCCCGGUGUAUGCUGUGUACGGCCGGUUUGGUGUUAUCUGGAUACGCCUUCUACGUGGAGACAUCUAAGGAAGCGGACCACUCGUACACAGCUAUGUGUGACGUCAGCGAAUCCGUCAGCUGUUCCAAAGUGUUCACGUCUCGGUUUGGCCGUGGAUUUGGACUAGUAGAGCCGAUCCUGGGAGCGGACAGUCCCCUGAACCUGCCCAACAGUAUAUUUGGUCUGGCCUUCUACAUCAUGCAGCUUUGUCUGGGUGUUGUCCCAGGUAUGUCCGUCUCCAUCGUCCUCCUGGCGACUUCAGUCCUGUCGUGUCUCGGUUGUGUCUACCUGGCCUACAUCCUAUACUUUAUCCUACAGGACGCCUGUAUUGUCUGUAUCAGCACCUAUGUUGUCAAUACCUUCAUGCUUAUUGUCAAUAUCAAAAGGGUAUUGUUACAGAGGAAGGCAAUAUUGAAGAAACAACAGUAAUUAAGUUGUCACAUCUGUAUGAUCUGUAAUUGUAUAAGCUAUGAUAAAUUCAUAUUUUAGGCUUGAAUUAUGUAUCAUAAUCAUAAUGUAGGCAUCUUCAGUAGUAGCAAAAAAGGCUAGUUAAUAAUUGAUGAUUAUAUUAAUUUGUUCCUUACUUUGCUUUGGCUACUGUAUGCAUCUUCAGUUAUAGAAUAAGGCUAGGUAAAAAUUGCUGUUGAUUUGUUCCUUACUUUGUUUUGGCUACGUCACUUGUGCAAUGGUGUUUAUUGAUGUUUAAACAAUACUUCAUAUGUUACAGUCUAUUUUAUCCAUAGAUUGUAAAAAAAAGUUGCGAUCUUCCAGUUUGUAAAGGAGCUUUGGAAACAUUCAGGAAAAAUAUAUUAGAUAGAAUUUAUGCCCUUAUUUACCAAAAGAAUGAUAUUUCAUAAAUGGAUUUAUACAUGAUUCAUAUACUUUUCUGUGAAUGGACCAAUUGCAGAUAUGAAGCUCAUACUGGUGCUAUUUCAUGGAUACUAUAGUUACAGUCUAGAUUGAUUAUCAUCUACUCACUUACCCAUUACUUAAUAUAUGUUGCGAUAUGAUAUGAUAUGAUAUGAUAUGAAGGAUUAGCCAUGCUUUAAAGGCAACCAUGAGCUAUUGCUAGUAUACAAGUUUCCAUACCUUCAGUAAUAAAAUGGAGAUAAGUACACUGUUGGUUAUCCCCCACUUGAUUGGAUUGUAAUUUGUAUAGAAAAUACUACCAGAGCUUUGACUACUUACUGCAGUGUUAUGAGUAUGCUGGUGACCUUCAGGAAGUUGACCUGUUCCCUAGUAGAUAUAGUGUUAUAAACACAGCAGAGGGAUGCUUUCCAAUAUCGCUAUCCCCUAUAUAAAAGUGUUUCCUUUGUUAUUAAUUUCAUAUACAUUUUGAUAGGAUCAUUCAUUUGUGUGUGUAAGUUCCAAGCGUCAAGUCUGUGUAUGUAAAAGAGCCCACUUAUUGAGAAGACUGACAGUUCCUCACCUUAUGUUUUGUAAGUUGAGUAAUGAAAUCAUUGAUGCAUUGAUUAAAUAAAUAUCUUUAUUACCUCA